UUCUUGUUUUCAGCACUUUGCGAGUUUCCACUGUUUGGGGGUGUCAUGGCCGUAUAUGACGACGUCUUGUUCGUUGGUGUCGUUGGCAUUUCCAAGCGCCGUGAAGCACGUGGUCGUUUGUUUGCUUCGCUUUCGUUUUCUUCGUCAACAGAAAUGUUACUGAGAUCUACUAUGUUCAGCAAAUCUCUCAGCUGUGAAAUGAACUCAGAGCUUUCCGAAGAAGAACGGCGAAGCAAAGUGGUUAUCAACCCAAACGAGGAACAGACAAUUUCCGUUGCAUUUGAAGACUUCUUGUUAGAGUAA